AUGCGGCCUCGUGGAGUGGUUUGCAGUAUGUGCGGUGGGGAAUUCUUUGAGCGCUCGUUGCCUAUACACCAGAAAACAUGCGCUAUAAAGCAGCAGCACAUCUUUCUGCCCUGUCAGUACUGCGGCAAGGAAGUGCAGAAGCUGCAGCUGGAGCAGCAUUUCCGGGUUUGCCCUAAGGCUGCUGCUUACCAGAACCGCAGCAGCAACAACAGCAGCAGCAGCAGCAGCGGGGGUGAUGGUGGCGUGGGGGUUGCUGCUGCAGCAUUUGACUCCCAGGGGAGGCUUCAGUGUGCCUCUUGCGGCCGAUGGUUUGCUGCAGAGAGAGUUGCGAAGCACCAGGAUAUUUGUUUGCGUAUUAAAAACAAAAGAAGGCAGCCCUUUGAUUCAUAUCAACAAAGAAAAUUUGAUCCUCUUAUUCAUAGAGUAGACAGAAAGACAAACGCUGCAGACCCAUGCGGUGUACAGACACCCCACAACAAUCCUUCUCAACCCCCAAACAAAAACCGCGCUCGUAACAGCCCUGCGGCUGCAGGAAGCCCUGCUGCUGCUGCUCGGCAUUCUGCUGCUGCUGCUGGCGGGCGUCCUACAGCUACUGCUGCUGCACGCCGUGCUCCUGCUGCUGCUCCUACUGCCGGCCGCCUUGCUGCAGCUGUUGGGCGUGCAGCAGCAGCAGCACCUGCAGCAGCAGCAAGGCCAGCAGCAACAAGGAUUGCUAGGGCCUCUGGACCUAUCUCUGAGACGAAUGCAUGCAGCUUAGAUAAUCCCCUGGCUUACCCCAACUACCCAUCAUAA